AUGAGUGCGAAGCCAUCUACGCUUAAAUCUGAACCACCGCCCUCGUUGGGGCCAGCACAAGGCUCAGAUGCGACACACGAACGGCAUGUUCCGCCAAACCACAAUGGAACACCAGACAACGGCCCCGCUGCGGCCGUAACUGUCCGACCAGGCACCAGCAUAGAUUACGGCCGGCCAAGGCAGUUUUCACACGGCUCUUCGUUUCCGCCUCGUCAAAACUCGUCUGGAGGCUCGAGGUACGAAUACACGGUUCGCCCUGGAGGCGGAGGUCCUAGCAGCAGCGUUCCCAGGAGCUACGACCGGACGGGUCCACCGCGCAGGGCGCCAGAUGAACGCGACUCUAGGCCAAGAAACGGCUCUUAUGACGAUAGUAUGGACCGUCGCGGUAGUUAUGGAGACCCCUGGCGUCGUCCAAGCACAGGGUAUCGCCGACGCGGCGACCGCUGGAUGGGCCGACGCGGCGGCAGCUCGAGCGGACCGCGAUGGAAUGAAUACAGAGACAGAGAUAUGGACCGUGAUCGAGAUCGCUACAGAGACGGCCCACCAGACCGUAGGCCUCGCGACUAUAACGAAAUUUACAGCGACAGGCGCAGGGACUACCGCGACCGUGAUAGGCACCGUGGAUCCCAUCGUGACUACGAUAGAGACUACGAUAGAGACCGUGAUCGAGAUAGAGAACGCGACAGAGAUCGAGACAGAGAUUAUGAUAGGGACAGGGACCACGAUAGGUACUGGGACCGCGACAGAAGGAGCCGAGACUGGGACCGUCGACGCGACUGGCGAAGGGAUUACCGUACUCGUUCUCCGUCCCCCAUUGGACGUGAUGCUGGCCAUCGCAUCCCAAGCAGCAGAUCGCCACACUCAGCAACCCCCGAAAGGCCUGUUCACAGUCUUGAUAAUAGUCCUGAGUCUGCUUCUAAGAGGGUCAAAGUCGAGCCCGCCCCAGAGUCCGUCCCCGAUGCAAAAUCUAGCGCUAAUAUACCCGGGGAUAUCGAGUCUAUUACCAAGCUCGAUUCACAUACCCCAAAACCUGCUACGGAUAUAGCCCAAGUCGAGGCACCGCUUUCUGCUUCACCCUCUGGCGAUGCUCCAGAAGUUGGACUGCUUAACACACCACAAGGAAGCAGUGCUGAUGUCGGAGGAUCAAAACAAGUUCUGAAACCCAAUUUACCCAAUGACUUAACGAGACCAGAGACACCUGUAGUGAAGGAACCGGAAGCACAGAAGCUUGCGCCAAUGGCGAACCCGCCAGAAUCUAAAAACAACGAGACCAAGGAAUCCAAGGAUCUCAAAGAGCUAGUCGAAUCCAAUAAGCCCACGGAAUCUAAGGAGCCUACGGCACCCACGGCACCCAUGGAAUCUAAGGAACCCAUGGAACCUACGAUACCUACGGUACCCACGGCACCCAUGGCACUCACGGAACCCACGGAGUCCAAGGAACCCAAGGAGCCCGAAGGGCCUAAGGUCAAGGAAUUCACAGAAGGCAACAAUGUCAAGGAAUUCAAAGAACCCAAAGUAGCCAGGGAAGCCAAGGGGUCCGAGACACCCAAGGAACUCAAGGAAACUAAAGCCAAGGGACUCAAAGAGCCGAAGGAGUCUGCAAAAGGUCUCAGAGAGCUCAAGCCACUAAAGGUGAAGGAAGCUAAAGAACCCCAACAGCCCAAGGAAUCUCGACAAAAAGAUACGGAGCUGAUAGAUGUUCUUCCGAAAGUCAAAAUCACCAAACCUAUCAAAAUCGACCAGGAUACUAUGAAACUUGACACUGAACCCCCAAAGGGUGUAUUUACCGCAAAAGACACUGAGUUUAUCGGACCUAUGACUAGAAUGGAAACGGCUUUGGCCCUACUUGACACUAUUCCCAAAAAGCUUCCUUUCCUCGAGCCCAAGUCCCCAUCCUGGACCAAAGAAGUGUCCUCGCUCUGCUCUACCCCGGUUUAUACUGUCAUUGCAAAGCACUAUGGUGAUCUCGAUAGCAAGUAUUGCAAGUACCGCAAGCAACGAGAACAGCUCUCUUCCACAUGGUCAAGCUUCUGUACUCAGCUCGAUAAUGAACAUGCCGAGCGAACUGCAGAAGCCACAAGGAUUGAAGAGAACGUUCUUGAAGAAGCUCCGAGAAGAAGCCGGAGCUAUGGAGAUGCUGCUCGAAGUGAAGCUGAAUUCCUGGAGAUUUUGGCAAGCUUAGAAAUGCAAACAGCCAGAGACCCUCUUGUAAGAGCUCGAUUGACGUCUGCUACAAUACCUCCUCGAAUUUUUGACCCUGCUGAACGAGAUCUCAAGUUCCAGGAUACAAACGAAAAAGUUGUUGACAAAAACGCAAUGCUUCAACGUCUAGUUAAAGACAAGAUUGACACCUUCUCGUUCCAGGAACACGAAAAGUUUGCCCAGGCUUACACGCUCUACCCCAAGGAAUUUGGCCGGAUUGCUGAUUUCAUGGGUAAUGGCCGCACUUUCCACGAGUGUGUUUUGCAUUACUACCGAACGAAGAAACAGGCUGAUUACAAGGGUCUACUGGUCAAGCCUAAAGCUCGUGGCAAACGCGGCCGCAAGAAGAAGGUGGAUAUUUUCGAAGAUCACUUCGCUUCUUCUCCCAACACGGUUGCUAGUAAUAUUGACUCACCAGCGGGAACUCCUUCAGUUGAUGAUGCUGAGGGCGAUGCUAUGGAGGUUGACGAUUCCUCGAGAGAUCUCUCAGUUGAUUUGAAAAUCGAAAAGGACGAGGAACCAAAGCCAGCAGCCACAGAGCCUUUGGUACUUCCAAAAGUGCGCAAGCCUCGCCAGCGCAAGGAAAAGAAGCCUGUGGAAGUUGAUGGUGAUACGGUCGAGGCUGCUCAGACAUUGCAGACUGUACAAUCAGCGGACAGCUCAUUUGACGCACUUGCGACGCUUGCUGCGGUUUCAGCGGCUGCCCCGGUUGUUUCGAACGUCGGAACCCUUUCGGGAACACCCGUUCCAGAAGAAAGCUGGCAUGCGAAAGAUGUUCAGCUGUUUGAACGGUUACUAGACCUUUACGGCACUAGGUGGUCUGAGAUUGCAAAGCACGUUGGCCGAUCAGCGAGUACUUGUACUAGUUAUUUCGAGCAAUUCGCAGAUCAACGCGGCUACCGCGAGACUGCAGCAAAGGCAGAUGAGCGCAAUGCCGUACGGGUCCUCCCUGUGUAUGUCAAGGCAAACGGGGCGGGGCAUAACGGAACAAGCGCAAUCAAGGAUCACCAACCGAGCCCGUCACAGGUGCCCGUAGCUAUACUGAAUGGACCGAGCCCGGGAUUUUUUGCUCCGCGACCGCACCUACCAGUACAAGCUGAGCCUCCGGUGAAACGUGCUGCCCCAAUUGUUGUACCACCUCCUGUUGCACCCCUCAAGCAUGAGCCAGAAUCUGUUGAGAAGCCAGACCCAGUUCCAAUAGCGCCCACACCGGUCAAGCACACUGUGCUCCAUGUGGCCCCUGCCCCGCCAGCUACAGGCCUACCGGCGAUAAUUUCGCCAGUAGUUCGUCCUGUCAGUGCCUCGCCACCUGCAGAUGCUCUUGGAUCCGCUGAGGCUGAGCGGCCGGUGAUUAAGGUGCAGGGCUCUGUCUUGAGCAGUCUUGGCAAUUCCGAUCAUCCUUCACUGCCCCCACUGGUUCCCAGGACUUCCUCAUACAUGGGUAUGAAUGAUUUCAUGAAACCCUAUGUUGAUCAGACGUACCGAGAAAGUAACGAACGCGGGCGUCCUUAA